AUGGCAGUUUUUAAUGGUAACUACUACCCUCUUUCAAUUUCUAGCAAAAUCAUUUUAGAUGCUGCUAAUGAUUGGAAGAAUGCUAAUAUUGGUUCUGUUGCCAGUCGUAGAACUUCUACUAUAUUUUUAUCUUGGUCUAAACCGCCUGACCACUACUUUAAACUUAAUGUUGAUGGAGCUAGGGGACCAAAUGGACUUAUUGGUGCAGGAGAGGCUUUGAGGGAUCACGGUGGUACUUGGAUUUCUGGCUUUUCUGCUAGUCUUGGUAAUGGAUCUGUUUUACAAGCUGAGGCUUGGGGGCUCUUACUUGGUCUACAGUUGGCUAGCAAAAAUCGCUGCCAACAUCUUAUUGUUGAAUGUGACUCUGAGGCUUUAGGACAGUUCUUGAGUUGUGACAUUCGACAUGUUUAUCGGGAAAUAAACUUGGUUGCUGAUUUGCUGUCUAAAGAUGGUGUUGGUGCUGAUCUUGGAGUGCAUUUCAUGGAGCAACCUCCUCCGCAAGUUAUCAAUGCAUUGCUUGAUGAUUUGUGUGCAACUUUGAAUUCAAUCUUUGGGCAAUGGGGGAUUGAGGCCAAUGUGAAGCAGUGGAACACAACUGGAGACCCAUGUAGUGGAGCUGCCAUUGACUCCACCCCAUUCGACGAUGUCGAUCACAACCCCUUCAUCAAAUGUGACUGUUCUGAUAAUGUCACUUGCCACAUUACCCAACUGAAAGUUUAUGCCUUGGAUGUUGUUGGUGUACUUCCAGAUGAGCUAUGGACAUUGAGCUACCUAUUCAAUCUUAAUUUGGGUCAGAAUUACUUGACAGGACCUCUCUCUGCUUCCAUUGGAAAUCUAACUAGCAUGCAAUACUUGAGCCUUGGCAUUAAUGCUUUAUCGGGGGAGCUACCAAAGGAACUUGGAAAUCUCACUGAAUUGCUAUCAUUUGCUAUUGGGACAAACAACUUUUCUGGUCCUCUGCCAUCUGAACUAGGGAGUUUAUCAAAAUUACAACAACUUUACCUUGAUAGUUCUGGAGUUAGUGGUGAGAUUCCAUCAACAUUUGCUAAUCUACAAAGCUUGCAGACACUUUGGGCAUCAGAUGUUGAACUCUCUGGCAGUAUACCUGACUUCAUAGGAAAUUGGUCAAAGCUUACUUCCUUGAGGUUUCAAGGAAACUCCUUUGAAGGUCCUAUACCAUCUGCACUUUCCAAUCUGACUUCUCUGACAGAGCUGUAUAUAACUGACAUAUCUACUACCAAUGGGAGCUCUUCUCUUGGGUUUAUUAAGGAUAUGAAGUCUCUAUCUGUCUUAGUGCUAAGAAAUAACAACAUUUCUGAUUCAAUUCCUUCCAACAUUGGAGGAUACCAAAGUUUAUCUCAGCUGGACUUGAGCUUCAACAAUCUAACUGGACAAAUACCAGACUUGCUGUUUAAUUUGAGUUCUCUUUCCAUCCUGUUUCUUGGAAACAAUAAGUUGAAUGGUACUCUACCUGAAUCUAAAAGCUCAUCUCUUCUCAAUGUAGAUUUAUCAUACAAUAAUCUAGUUGGGAGCAUUCCUUCUUGGGUCAAUGGAACGAAUUUACAGCUUAAUUUAGUUGCCAACAACUUCACCCUGGACAGUUCAAACAACAGUGCUCUUCCUUCGGGGUUGAAUUGCCUUCAAAAAGACUUUCCUUGCAACAGUGGGUCUGGAAUUUAUUAUAACUUUGGGAUCAAAUGUGGGGGUCCUCAGAUUACGUCUUCUAAUAACAUUGUGUAUCAGACGGAAAAUGAGACCCUUGGUCCAGCUACAUGUUUUGUGAAUGACGAAAGCAGAUGGGGAGUUAGCAACGUUGGGUAUUUCACUGGAAGCAACAAUCCUCAGUACACAAUUUUCUCCUCAUCUCAAUUCAAAAAUACUCUAGAUUCUGAGCUAUUCCAGACUGCAAGGCUCUCUGCUUCAUCACUCAGAUAUUAUGGCUUGGGGCUUCAGAAUGGUAACUACACAGUGAACCUACAGUUUGCUGAACAAGCUAUCCUAGAUUCUACUACAUGGAAAAGUCUUGGGAGACAUGUGUUUAAUAUUUAUAUCCAGGGAAAUCUGGUUCUAAAGGAUUUUGACAUACGAAAGGUGGCAGGGGGAUCUUUCCUAGCUGUUCAGAAGGAAUACACGGCUCUGGUUUCAGAGAACUACCUUGAAAUCCAUCUCUUUUGGGCCGGAAAGGGGACUUGUUGUGUACCUGCGCAGGGUACUUAUGGACCUAUUAUUUCAGCCAUUAGUGCUACACCAGAUUUCGAACCUACUGUCAGUAACAACACUCCAACUAGUAAGAAGAAUAGGACUGGGAUGAUUGUGGGGAUUGUUCUUGGUGGUGGAGUUUUAAUUCUGGUGCUGGUAGUUUUCUUCAUUGUUCGAAGAAGAAAAAGGCCCGACUUCAAUGAUGUCGAAGAGCUGUUAGGGAUUGAUAUUGGACCACUCACUUUCAGUUAUUCCGCACUGAAGUCGGCUACGAAUGACUUUAGUCCGGAAAACAAGCUUGGAGAGGGAGGAUUUGGACCUGUCUACAAAUUAUGUUUGCUUUUUACAGAAUUUAUGCAAAAGGGUCUACAUAUCAUUUGGCUGCCACUGUUCCUUGGUCUACUGUUUAACGUUGUCUGCAUCUUUCAUUCUUAUUCAGAGCUUUGGGACAGUGUGCACUCAGUUAUGGCAUCGGAUAUCAGGCACAGAAGAGGAAAAAGAUUGUUGGAACAAAAUGAUAGUGAAGAUCUCAACCGUGAUGCAGAGAUAGAAACAAGAAACAACAGUGAGAAUUUUUAUACCAUGAGAGCCCAAACUGAUACUGGGGGUUUUGGUACAGAGGGAAUGCAUCAAAGAAGAUCAAGAAGGCCAAGACGUGUUCCUGAACCUGCAAUAACAGAGAAAAAUUACACCUCUGAACACUUGAAUAGAAGAUCAAGAAGGUGAAGACGUGUUGCUGAACCUGCAAUAACAGAGAUAAAUGACACCUCUGAACACUUGAAUAUAAGAGUUCAACCUGCUGAACAAAACAACAGUCUAUUGUUGAAUCAAACUUCUGUUAACAGUGAAGAUUCGCAUGUUGGUCAUACAGGUCAUUGUUCGCUCUCAUUUGGUCAGGCAUCAUAUCAGAAAAGUAGAGAAGGUUAUUUUUGUCAAAUUUUAGUCUCUGUAUCAAUCAAAUAUGCAUAUACAUUUGCUGACCAAAUGUAAUAUUACUGUUGUAGGAUUUAUUAUGAGAUAUGAAGAUUCGGGUGAUAAUAUUCAUGAAUGCAAUUAUUGCAAUGCGAAUUUUUGGUCUGGAGAAGCUCUUAAACAAUCAUCUUCAAAUGCACCUCUCAUUUAUACAAAUUGCUGUUAUAAAGGUCAAAUCCAACUUCAGUCAUCAAAAGAACCUCCAAAUUUUCUUGAACAAUUAUUAGAUCCAAAUAAUGGCUCAAAUAGCAGAAUAUUUAGA